AUGGCCAUCGAUGAAGUCCCACCACCACCUCCUAAAUCCGGAAAAUCAGUUGCCACCUCUGGUUCAUCAUAUUCAGAUUCUUCAAAAUCUGAUAUCUCCAAUCCUUAUUUCACUCAUCACUCGGAUCGUCUGGGAUUAAUUCUAGUCUCCAAAUCCUUAAACGAAGACAACUACUCUGGUUGGAAAAGAGCUAUGACAUUGGCCUUAAAUUCCAAGAACAAGCUCGGGUUUGUCAAUGGAUCAAGCAAGGCUCCUUCAGAAGAAGCUGAUCCAGAAGGGUGUGCGACUUGGUUGCGAUGUAACGACAUGGUCCAUUCCUGGAUUGUCAAUACUGUCAAUUCAGAAAUCGCUGACACUAUUAUCUAUUAUCCUACUGCUCAUAAAGUAUGGGAAUAUCUUCGUGAGCGAUUUUCACAAGGUAAUGCACCUCGUAUCUUUGAGAUUCAGCGAGAUAUCGCUUCUCUUCGGCAAGAACAAUUAUCAGUCUCUACCUACUACAGAAGAUUGAAGAGUUUAUGGGAUUAA